UUCAACCAACGUGUUGCUUUGCUAGCGAACAUAAAGUUGAGUCUUUGAAGCUCUUUAGGCCAAUCGUGUGUAUAUUACUCUUAGUGUUUUGAAUAUAAUUAUGUUUACCCAUCUACUAGUUCAUUUUAACGUCAUUUGCUCGUUAAAUUAACAAAUGUGUUACUAAAUGGAUACUGCAUUAGGCUAAUCGACCGGAGCAUGAGCUCACAAAGCUCGACCGAGAAAGAAGCUCUGGUGAAAGGAGAGGAAGAAGCUUUCAGGAUGAAAAGGGAGGAAGAGGACGCUAUCACAUUGAAAGAAGAAGAGGAUGAUAUUACAGUGAAAGAGGAAGAUGGGAAAGAGGUUGUCAACGUGGAAGGGGAGGUAGCAGCUUUUAGAAUCAAAAACGAGGAAGAUGCCAUAACAUUGAAAGAAGAGAAUGUAGUGAAAGAAGAGGAAGAACCUUUUAGAGUAAAAGAGGAAGAGGAGGCUAUCUCAAUAAAAAAGGAGGAAGACGUUUUGGGAGUGAAAGCGGAGGAAGCUGAAGAUCAGACUACCACCAGAGAGAGACGUGACUAUCGUGGAUCCUCUGGGGAGCAUCAACAACAUCCUGAUGCUGACGAGUCAGAGAAGAGUCUCUCCAGAUCAGAACACCAGAUGGACAACGCUAGCCCUUCCUCCCUCCCGGAGUCCCCGUGUCGUACCUCUCCCAGUAGCGCCUUACUGCUGGGUAUGAAGAGGUUGUCUGUGAUGCUGGUGGACUGCAGGAAAACAACGGGGCUUAGUGGAACUGUGAGAGGAGGAGAAGAGAUGAAAGGAUCAGAUUUAACUCAUCAAAGAGAAAGACCAGACUCAGUGGAACCAGAGCCAGGGACGUCCAAACCCGCAAGACGACACCAGUGCUCCUACUGUGGAAAGGGUUGUAACCGGUUAUGGGACCUGAAACAACAUGGAAAAAUGCACACAGGGGAGAAGCCUUAUCACUGCUCCCAGUGUGGCAAGUGUUUUAACCAGUUAGGGAACCUGAAACUACAUGAGAGAAUACACACCGGGGAGAAGCCUUACCACUGCUCCCAGUGUGGCAAGUGUUUCAACCAGUUAGGGAACCUGAAACAGCAUGAGAGAAUACACACGGCGGAGAAGCCUUACCACUGCUCCCAGUGUGGCAAGUGGUUUAACCAGUUAGGGAACCUGAAACAGCAUGAGAGAAUACACACGGAGAAAAGCCUUACCACUGCUCCCAGUGUGGAAAGUGUUUCAACCAGUCAUGGGAGCUGAAACGGCACGAGAGAAUUCACACAGGGGAGAAGCCUUACCACUGCUCCCAGUGUGGAAAGUGUUUUAAUCAGUUAGGGAACCUGAA